GUGAUUUACAAUCCUGAUCUGGUGACGUGUCACAUGCUAUCAGCUUAUUUGAUACAGCAAAGUUCGACGAACUGCAUGCAGUUAGCUUCUGUUGAAAACAUCCCAUGAUCUCGAAACUCCUCGUAGCUGGCUUACUUGAAAGAUCGGGAAGUGUGGACCAUCACUGAUGCUAUUUCCCUAUGGAGCUCGUCUUAGAUGACAUAUUCUGUGACAUGAUUGCAAGGAAUGUUAUCGCAACGCCAAUAAGCUGAUAGCCUGUGACACGUCACCAGAUCAGGAUUGUAAAUCACAAGGCUUCGACAAGUACAGUAAACUGAUAAGAUAAGUAAGUCAACAGAGUCAUGGCAGAUGCAGAAGUAGAUCCAAUUGGUCGCCCGGGAAAGAAGCUGAAUGUCGUUGGGAUGGUCGGACUCAUCGUCUUCUAUCUCAUCAUUUUCUUUGCUGGAAUUCUUUCUCACAAAGUGUUGAGGAGAAAAUCAAGGAAAGAUAUCCGGAAGAUGCAGGUUGAAAGUAAAACUGAAGACAUGAUGUUGGCUGGUCGGGACAUCAACUACUUCGUGGGUGUCUUCACCAUGACAGCAACGUGGGUUGGGGGAGGUUAUAUAAACGGAACCGCGGAGUCCGUGCUAGAGAACGGUCUUGUCUGGACACUAGCCCCGGUAGGUUACUCAAUAGCCAUGUUUUUGGGAGGCUUGUUCUUUGCGGAGAAGAUGAGGAAAAGAAAAUUCGUCACAAUGUUAGACCCACUACAGGAGAAAUAUGGAAAACCUCUCGGGGCUCUCUUCUACAUUCCUGCUUUUUCAGGAGAGAUUCUUUGGUCCGCAUCCAUCCUAGCUGCUCUUGGAACUUCUCUCCGAGUCAUCUGUGGUAUCGAUGAUACUACGUCUAUCAUUGCCAGUGCAGCAAUUGCUAUGACCUACACUCUUUUCGGAGGGUUAUACUCCGUGGCCUUUACCGAUGUUUUCCAACUGAUAUGUAUAUUCUUUGGAUUGAUAUUCGCCAUUCCAUUCAUGGUGAAUAAUCCUAAUGUGGAAAUUCCUCUGAGAAGCAGUAAUUUGACCAUGUUCAUGGAUCAGGAACAAAGUUACUCCAGGUUCAUUGGAAAGCUUGAAAAGGAGGAUGCAGGCGUUUGGGUUGACCAAGCCACCAUGCUGAUGUUAGGAGGAAUCCCAUGGCAAGCGUACUUCCAGCGUGUUCUGUCAGCUAGAGAUGUCAGCGUUGCUAAGACUCUUUCCUUCGCUGCAGCACCUGGGUGCUUCGCCGCUGCCAUUCCUCCUGUCGUUAUCGGUUUGAUAGCAAUGAACACGGAUUGGCCAGGCACAGACUAUGGAGAAAAUCUCAUUCCAGAAGAUUACAAAUUAGCUGUUCCCUUGACCCUACUAUAUCUAACACCGCCAGCCGUUGCAUUCAUAGGUCUUGGAGCAGUUAGUGCUGCUGUUAUGAGCUCAACUGACAGUUCAAUCCUUGGAGUUAGUACUCUGUUCACCAGGAAUGUCUUUGUAAACGUAUUUUACCAGAAGGCAACCGACAAAUUUACGGUUUGGUUUUUGCGAGGAACAGUGUUCGUUAACACGGUUAUUGCUAUGAUCAUAGCCAUCUUUGUGAAAACAGUGUACGGACUCUACUUAAUAUGCAGUGAUUUGGUAUACAUCCUGCUCUUCCCCCACCUGUACGGCAUGAUAGCUGGAUUUAGUGUAGCCCUGAUCCUGAGAGUGUUAUCGGGGGAACCCGUGCUGAAGUACAACGCCCUCCUUAAGUUCCCGGGUUACGUGGAACCUGAUCAAUCUGAUGGAAGUUAUGGAAGACAGAGAUUCCCCUUCAGAAAUCUCAUCGUGAUACUCAACUUCCUCAUAACACUCUCUGUUACCUACUUGUCAAAACAACUCUUUGCCAAAUACCCUGAUCUACAAAAGUACGAUAUUCUGGAAGGGGUGAGGGACCAGAAGACAGAGAAAAGAGAAGGUCUUCAAAAUGAGAAGGAAGGAGAACAAUUCUUAUAAACUGGAGUUCCUGAAGCUUAGAUUUCAAUUGAGCUGUGACCGUGGAUUAUUACACACACUUCAGGAUCAUAUACAUACACUUCAUACUUAAACUAAAGGACGGAGGAACGUUCUGGUUAAAGAGAGGAACAGUGUUGGCAAGUUUACCCAGAGCAAGUACCAGGAACCUGCACCACGUGUUACUGUGAUGUGUAGCUAGAUUGUUUUCGGGUUCUUCAGAGUUCAGUGCAGCUCGUUUAUCUCAGCAUUCGAUCUUGCAGCACGUGUCUUUUAUUGCAUUUAUUUAGAUGGGAGUUGUUACACGGAUUUUUGUUUUGUUUUGUUUAGGGAGAAAAUUUGCCACAUAGGUCUAGGAUCAUAAUAUAGAUUAGUUUGUAAAUUUAUUGUAAAAAUGUGGCGGAUUUUCCGAAAAUCCGCUGACCCGCCACUUUUUAAACUGUAAUAUUAUUUUCACAAAAAUGUUUGAAAAUCCACCGAAUUCUACCUGCCAUAUAUUGCAAAAUUCGACCCAAUUUUCCUUCCAGACUGCGUAUUUGUUUACAGUUUAAUUCACCGCCGGUGAAUUGAAGUUUUUGUAUUAUCUUUUAUUAAAUUAGUUUAAUCUUUA